AUGCCUCCAAAGAAACAGGUUGAAGAAAAAAAAGUGCUUUUGGGCCGUCCAGGUAACAACCUGAAGGCCGGUAUUGUUGGUCUUGCCAAUGUCGGUAAAUCGACCUUUUUCCAGGCUAUCACCAGAUGUCCGUUGGGAAACCCAGCAAACUAUCCAUUUGCGACCAUUGACCCAGAAGAAGCUCGUGUGAUCGUGCCAUCGUCCAGAUUCGACAAGUUGUGCGAAAUCUACAAGCCAGCUUCAGAGGUGCCUGCGCAUUUGACCGUCUACGAUAUCGCUGGUUUGACCAAGGGUGCCUCUGCCGGUGAAGGUCUUGGUAACGCGUUUUUGUCGCACAUCAGAUCCGUCGACUCCAUCUACCAGGUCGUGCGUUGUUUCGACGACGCCGAAAUCAUUCACAUCGAGGGUGAUGUCGACCCAGUUCGUGAUUUGGACAUCAUCAACACCGAGCUAAGACUCAAGGAUAUCGAGUUCUCCGAGAAGCACCUGGAAAACGUGCAUAAGAUCACUAAGAGAGGCGGUCAAUCGCUCGAGGUCAAGCAAAAGAAAGAGGAGGCCGCUUUGGUUGAGAGAAUCAUCGAACUCUUGAAGUCGGGCCAAAGAGUCGCCAACCAGACGUGGUCCACCAAAGAGGUCGAAGUCAUCAACAGCAUGUUCUUGUUGACCGCCAAGCCCUCCAUCUACCUGAUCAACCUAUCUGAGAAGGACUUUAUCAGAAAGAAGAACAAGCACCUGCUCAAAAUCAAAGAAUGGAUCGACAAGUACUCUCCAGGCGAUUUGAUCAUUCCUUUCUCGGUCUCUUUGGAAGAGAGACUGUCCCACAUGAGUCUAGAAGAAGCCGCUGAGGAAGUCAAGAGAAUGGGUGUCGAGAGCGCAAUGCCAAAGAUUAUCACCACCAUGAGACAGAAACUGGACUUGAUCUCUUUCUUCACAUCUGGUCCCGAUGAAGUUCGUGAAUGGACCAUCCGUAAGGGCACCAAGGCCCCACAAGCCGCCGGAGUUAUCCAUAAUGAUUUGAUGAACACUUUCAUUCUCGCACAGGUGAUGAAAUACGAGGACGUGGUUGAAUACAAAGACGAAGUUGCCAUCAAGGCAGCUGGUAAGAUGCAACAGAAGGGUAAGGAAUACGUGGUUGAAGAUGGCGACGUUAUCUACUUCAGAGCCGGUGCCGGUAAAAACUAA